UUGUUCUCGCCAACACGAGUGAGCGCAUGUCACGCUUUUAUCAGACACCUGACUGUCCAGACUCUGCUAAAGUCAGCUACAGUUACCGAGGCGUACUUCCUGGCACGAGACCUUGCUUCUGGAAGAUUAAUGUAAGAUGAUGUUCAUGUGGUCUUCCUCUUAUCUCCAGGAGAGUAUUUAUCCCUGCUGUUUCCCGUGCGACAUGCUUGGAGCUUCUAUCGAUACCUGUCAUGGAUUUCGACCUUGUUGUUCGCAAUGGUACCGUCGUGACUGCCUCGGACAUUUGGGAGUCUUGUGAUAUUGGAGUGAAAGAUGGAACCAUCGUCGCUGUUGGUCCUCGCCUUCCAGCCGCACCGGGCGCGCAAGAGAUUGACGCUGAGGGGGCUUUUAUAACUCCUGGAGGAGUCGACGCUCAUGUUCAUCUGAGCCAGUUUUUUGAAGCCACCGUCGGUGUGGACAUUGAUCACUCUAUCAUCACGAACGGGAUCGUCCCCGAUCCCGAAAACUUUGUCGGUGACACGUUCGAUACGGGCACACGCAGUGCGAUAGCUGGAGGGACGACAACAGUAAUUACGUUCGCUUCUCAAAUGAAGAAGGAUGAGAGCAUCAUUCCUGUUAUCGAGGACUAUCACAAGCUCGCCAAGGACCAGUCCUACUGCGACUACGCUUUCCACGUCAUCAUUACCAAUCCGACGCCCCAAAUCGUCGAAGACGAAUUCCCACGGAUGGUUGAUGAGUACGGAAUUACGAGUGUGAAGCUGUACAUGACAUAUAAGCCAUUAAAACUUCUGGAUUAUCAAAUUCUCGAUGUCAUGUAUUCCGCCCGGAAACUUGGUAUCACCACGAUGGUGCACGCUGAGAAUGCCGAUGUUAUCGACUGGAUGACGCAGCAUCUGGAGCAGAAGCUCAUGACGCAUCCUUACCACCAUGGUACAUCUCGACCUCCGAUCGUGGAGGCUGAGGCUACGAACCGCGUCAUUUGCUUGGCUGAACUCAUGGAUACGCCGAUCCUGCUCGUACAUAUAUCUGGUGGGCCUGCCACGAAGCACAUCCGCGACGCACAAACGAGGCUGCUUCCGAUCUACGGUGAAACGUGUCCCCAGUACAUGUUUCUUCUCGCCGAUUCCAUGCGAAAGGGGGAUUUCGAAGGCGCAAAGUGCAUAUGCUCGCCUCCGAUACGGGAGGACAAGUCUGAUCAAGAUGCCAUUUGGGCUGGGGUCAAGAACGGAACAUUCACUAUCGUUUCUUCAGAUCACUCUCCUAGCAAAUUCAAUCAUCCAAACGGAAAGCAGCGUGGGCUCAAAGACGGAAACCUUCCAUAUGGCAAAUUCCGUCUCGUCCCGAACGGGGUGCCUGGUGUGGAGACCCGUGUUCCGCUUCUAUUUUCCGGCGGCGUCCUUUCCGGGCGCAUUUCUCCACAGAAGUUCGUCGAGGUCACGUCCACAAACCCAGCUAAGCUAUACGGAUUAAAGAAAAAGGGCAGCAUCGCCCCUGGCUUUGACGCUGAUCUGGUUAUCUGGUACUCGCAAACAAAGUUCCAGCCAUUCAAGCUCACGAACGAGAUGCUGCACCAUGAUGUCGACUAUACGCCGUUUGAGGGUAUCGAGUUUAAGAAUUGGCCUAGGUACACAAUCAUCAGGGGUAAGGUAGUAUUUAGCCAUGGGGAGGUAGUUGGGGAGAUGAAGUACGGUCAGUACAUCCGGAGGGAGCAGAGUCUACUUCCAGGACCAAGAGAUAUUUGGUUGAGCGAAUGGCGGCCCUAAGGUUGGUACGAGAAGCACCUAAACCAUUGAUUGUUGCAGUCCAAUUUUUCAUGCUUCCAUUGAUAUCUAGCACUCUGGUUACUGUAUGAUAUAGGUUAUACAAACAGUACUAGUUUAUGUAACUAUGCACUUCCAAAUGAAAUCGACCAUCGCCCUUACCGUCUAAUAUACUAGGCACACAUAC